AAGCUUAAUCGAGGCAUCAUAAUGAUUCGCCUCCCACCUCUAACUCCGACAUCCACAAACCACUUCGAAUACACUCUCAACCCCUCUUAAAUAGUGGUCAACGUCACGGCAAGUCAUCCCAGUGACUCUGAACCACGUCUAUAUCCCAAAUACCACACGUACAGCUCUAGCCAAGCAUGACAUCAAUAUUACGACAAUGCAGCUCUCUUGCUAGAAUUUCUCAGACCACCAUCCAAUCUGCCGCACGAAAUUCCCUCCGUACAUCAUCGACAGCACCCUUAUUACGGUCGCGGAUAGCUGCACAAAGAGCGCGCACAUUCGUCACCAAGCCGCCAAAGCCAGACAAGGACACGGGGAAGGAUGAGUCGGAGGUGAAGUCGAAAAAUAAAAAUUCGUCAAAACCACCCACCAAGUCCGCUCCCGGGACGGAAAACCUCUACAACGGAAAGACUCCUUUGUCUCCCUCGGAGAAUGGUGCGGAAGCACAGGAGCCACCGCUGGUGGAAGGAUAUGUGAAGUUGACGGAGGAGGAGAUGAAGCAGCUAGAGCAAGUAAUUGCUUCGAUGCAAUUUGGAAAAGGCCAAACUCAAGAAUUAAGGGAAUCUUUGAAGGAGAUAAAUAAGGCAGGAGUGCCAUCUGACUUAAGAGAUUUGUUGAAAGAAGUGAAGGGUAGACCGAUGACUUUGACAGAAGCUGCAAAAUUUACAAGACUGGUGUUGCAGAUGGCGUGGUCCGCUGCAAAGGUCCAAUCACAGGCACAACAGUCACAGGGAACAAAUUUCAAUUCAAACGAGCCAGGAUCUUCUACAAAUGGUAACAAAGGAGACCAGAAGCAGGGUGGCAAGAAAGGCAAUCAGCACGAAAGCUUCAACUUUGGCAACUCGUCGGAUAUCAAACUCGAUACUACAACCUUAUUGAUUGGAUCUUUCGCAACAUACUUUCUAUGGCAGACACUCUUUCCCGGCACCAACAAGAAGGAUAUCACAUUCCAGGAAUUCCGAAAUAACUUCUUUGACAAAGGGUUGGUCAAGAGAUUGACUGUGGUUAACAAGUCGGAGGUCCGGGUUGAUCUUCACACUGAAGCCGCUGCUGCGAUGUAUCCAGACUCUCCUGCCGGUAACCCCAACUUUCAUUACCACUUCUCGAUAGGUUCUGCCGAAGGUUUUGAGCAAAGAAUGGAACAAGCACAAAACGAGCUAGGAAUACCUGUUGCUGAGAGGAUACCAAUUGGUUACGCUAGUGAUGGAGAUACAUGGGCUCUUAUCUACUCUUUCGGCCCUACACUUUUGUUCAUUGGUGCUAUUUUCUACAUGUCAAGGCGAGCUUCGGCAGGUGCUGGAGGCCAGAGUGGCAUUUUUGGAAUGGGAAAAAGUCGAGCAAAGCAAUUCAAUCACGAGACUGAUGUAAAGGUUAAGUUUAAGGAUGUUGCCGGUAUGGAUGAAGCAAAGCUAGAAAUUAUGGAGUUUGUCUCCUUCCUAAAGACACCUGAGCAAUUCCAACGUUUGGGUGCUAAAAUUCCUCGCGGCGCUAUUCUUUCUGGACCACCAGGUACUGGUAAAACUUUGUUGGCAAAGGCAACAGCUGGUGAAUCUCAAGUACCAUUCUUUAGUGUCAGUGGUUCCGAAUUCGUCGAGAUGUUUGUUGGUGUUGGAGCAUCGAGAGUUCGGGAUCUUUUCGCCAUGGCCAGAAAGAGCACUCCUUGUAUUAUCUUCAUUGAUGAAAUCGAUGCUAUUGGAAAGUCUCGUGGAAAAUCCGGUGGAUUUUCUGGAGGUGGAAACGAUGAACGGGAAGCUACACUCAAUCAAAUCUUGACUGAGAUGGACGGUUUCAACACGACUGAGCAAAUUGUUGUUCUUGCUGGUACCAAUAGACCCGACGUACUUGACAAGGCUCUAAUGAGACCCGGUCGUUUUGAUAGACACAUUUCUAUCGACAGGCCGACCAUGGAUGGUAGAAAGCAAAUCUUCAAGGUUCACUUGGGCAAGAUUGUUACCAAUGAGAAUAUUGAGUACUUGACUGGACGAUUGUCAGCCUUGACUCCAGGUUUCUCUGGUGCUGAUAUUGCCAACUGUGUCAAUGAAGCUGCUUUGAUUGCUGCCCGAACACAAGCCAAAUCUGUAGCUAUGUUACACUUUGAACAAGCUAUUGAGCGUGUUAUUGGUGGUCUCGAGAAGAAAUCUCUCGUUUUGUCACCAGAAGAGAAGAAGACAGUUGCCUACCAUGAAGCAGGCCACGCAAUUUGCGGUUGGUACUUCAAGUGGGCUGAUCCACUUCUCAAAGUUUCCAUCAUUCCUCGUGGACAAGGUGCCCUCGGAUACGCACAAUACCUUCCUGCUGGCGACACUUACCUCAUGAAUGUCAACCAACUUAUGGAUCGUAUGGCAAUGACUCUCGGUGGACGUGUAUCAGAAGAACUCCACUUCGAAACCGUCACCAGUGGUGCUAGUGACGAUUUUAACAAGGUUACUCGUAUGGCUACCGCCAUGGUAACUAAAUGGGGCAUGUCUAAGAAACUCGGCCCCCUCCAUUUCGAAACCGAUAGAGAAAAUCAACUCAUGAAACCUUUCGCCGAAUCGACAGCUCAAACUAUUGAUUCAGAAGUUCGACGUAUAGUCGAUGAAGCAUAUGAGAAAUGUAGAAACCUACUGGUGGAGAAGAAGAACGAAGUGGGUAUCAUUGCAGAGGAACUUUUGGCGAAGGAGGUGCUCGGUAGAGAUGAUAUGGUGAGAUUACUGGGACCAAGACCAUUUGAUGAGAAUAAGGAUUUCAUCAAAUACUUCGGUGGAGGAUCGUUAGGAAAGAGUGCGCCACCACCACCGGCGACGGAGAGUACGGAUUUGCCAACUGAGGACUCUACUCCUCUUGCUUAGAGGUCGAUGGAGAAUAGGAUUUGAGAAGGCACUGGGGAGGAGCUUGGAAGAAUGGAGAUUUGUAUAGGAUGGGAUAUCCAUCACGAGAUAUCUUGAAUGAAGGGUAGGGACGGGGAAUGGCAUAUCAAAAUAUGCCAAGGAAUCAAUGAAGAGAAAAGGAAGAAAGAAAGAAAGAAAGAAAGGGCUACGAUUCAGGCAAAAGACCAAACUUCACUCUCCUAUUCUGUUUUGUGAAAUAAAUAGCAUUUGCGGCGAGGGAUUUACUUUAGAUGGACUUGUGACUUGGCUGAAUGGGGCUGAGAUGAAUGAUGAUAUUUGAAUCUGCAUUGUUUUUGGAGGCGGGGGGUGAGAUGAAGUGGAAUGGAAUGGAGUGGAGUGGAGUGGAGCGAAGUAGGUGGAUGCAGAUUUUUUGAGGAGUGGGUGUGUAUGUAUUAUAUUGUGUUAAAAAUGAAAUAUGUAUCAUCUUCAAUCUUUAUUUGUUGUUGUUUUGGUGGUGGUCGUGUAGUGGUGGUGCUUUUUGUGGUUGGGAAUGGGAUG